CCGGGGGAGACCAGAUAUAGUGAAUGCGGGGUUCGGGGAGACCAGAUAUAGUGAAUGCAGUGUCCGGGGAGACCAGAUAUAGUGAAUGCAGGGUACCCGGGGAGACCGGAUAUAGUGAAUGGCAGGGUCCAGGGGAGAGCAGGAUAUAGUAAAUGCAGGGUCCGGGAGAGCAGAUAUAGUGAAUGCAGGGGUCGGGGGAGACCAAUAUAGUGAAUGCAGGGUCCGGGGAGAGCAGAUAUAGUGAAAUGCAGGGUCCGGGGAGACCAGAGAUAGUGAAUGCAGGGUCCGGGGAGACCAGAUAUAGUGAAUGCAAGGGUCCGGGGAGACCGGAUAUAGUGAAAGCAGGGUCCGGGGAGACUGGAUAUAGUGAAAGCAGGGUCCGGGGAGACCAGAUAUAGUGAAUGCAGGGUC